UAAAACGCACUGUGACACCUGCGAAUCGAAAGAAAUAGAGGAAAGCUCAUUCGUAAACGAAACGUCGUGGUUGUCGUUUUGUGCUCUCGUUGUAAGCUCAAAAUUUAGUGGAAAAGCUCCGAAUUAAACUAAAAACGGAAAAAUGGGGAAAUUCAGUGAGACUUUAGGCAUAAAUGAGCUAAAAACGAAAAAUAACAUUUUAUGCAAAGCACUUUUGGCCGAAUUCAUUGGAAAUUUGUUGUUAAACUUUUUCGGCUGCGCUUCAACUCAAGUGUUUCCCCCGAUGGCGAGCGAUUUGGGUCAUCUCGUCUUAAUUUCUUUAACGUUUGGAUUCACAAUUUUCAUCGUUGUGCAGGCUUUGGGCCAUGUAAGUGGAGCCCACAUAAACCCAGCCGUAACCGCCGGAAUGUUAGCAACCAAUAACAUCACUAUAAUCAAAGGAAUUCUUUAUAUUAUGGUACAAUGUAUUGGAGCAAUCACUGGAUCCGCUUUGGUUAAAGCUUUAAUUACAGAAAAAGCUGCCGGAGUUACUUUGUGUGCUAAAGAUAUUAGCGAAGUUCAAGGAUUUGGAAUUGAAUUUUUCUUGGGAUUUGUUUUGGUUUUAACCGUUUGUGGUGUUUGCGAUGGUAACAAACCAGAUUCGAAACAUGGAGCUGCUUUAGCUAUUGGAAUGGCUGUUGCUGUUGGACAUUUAGCUACGAUACAAUUUACAGGAGCCAGUAUGAACCCAGCUAGAAGUUUUGGAGCUGCUUUAAUUGCUGGAAAUUGGACUAAUCAUUGGGUUUAUUGGGUCGGCCCGAUUUUCGGUGGUGUAAUCGCCGCUUUACUUUACAAACACGCCUUCCAAGCUCCACCACUUGGUCCGGUUAAGAUCAUCGAACGUUACACUGCGGUUGUAGCCGAUGAAAAAGAAUUGAAACGCUUGGAUGGUGGCAAAAACGAAGUUUAAAUAAUAAAAAUCAUGUCAUUUAA